AUGAAGACGCAGGGAUUACGCGUGCUGCCACAUGAUGGCGCUGCCACUGAUGUCGCACAGAAGCUACUAGUGAUGACGUAUAAUGUACUGGCACAGUGCUACGUCCGCUCGAGCUUCUUCCCGUAUUGCAAGUAUAGUGAAAUCAAGUGGAAAAAUCGGUCGAAGCAUCUGGCGGAGGUGUUCACCUCGAGUCUGCCGGUAUCACCUGAUGUCAUCUGCUUGCAGGAAGUGGACAAUUACGACGAAUUCUGGGCUGGCAUGAUGAAGAAAUUGGGAUAUCAAGGCCUCUUUGUCAAGAAAACAGGCGCUAAACGAGACGGUGUGGCUGUGUUUUGGGAUACAAAGAAGCUGAGGGUGAAAGAGUCGAAGCAAGUUUGUCUAGACCUGCCUAAUGGAGUCGAGUCAGAUAUCGAUUACGAAUUACUUUCAAGGGCUUCCACAAGAGGAAGUGUUGGUGUGAUUGUUUACUUUGAGCACCUCGAGACGCAGCUCGAGUUUGUCGUCGCGACGACCCAUUUGUUUUGGGAUCCAAUGCAAGAAGAUGUGAAACUGCUGCAAUCGCGUCGAAUGUUGCGAGCAAUUGACAUGUUUACGAGUACGAUGGAUGCAUCCACACCGACCAUUUUCUCCGGGGACUUUAAUUCACUACCGGAUAGCAAAGUCUAUAAUUUUAUCACGAACAGCAACGAUUUCAACAGCGCCUACUCCCAGUACGAAGCAGAAGGCGAACCAAAGUUCACCAAUGUUAAUGGUGAUGCUAAGAUGGAUAAUGGCAAGCACGUGCCACGCUUCAUUGGCACUCUGGAUUACAUUUUCUAUCGUUCUCAUAGGAUUCGACCGACAGCGCUCAUGGAAAUAAUGUCGCUUGAAGAUGCAACCAGAGAAGUCGCUUUGCCGAGCACUCUAUCACCAUCUGAUCACCUGCCACUUUUAUGCGAGUUUUACGUCCUGCCUCAGUCCCACAAAGUAAUCAGUUUGAAGUGA